AUGCUCGAUCACUCGCGAUUGCCCGAAUUCAUCGAACAAGUGCGUCUGACGCCGGCGAUAUGGAAAAAUCGGGAUUACGGUAUCGAAAAAGCGCACAUGGACGAAAUUUGGGCGCAUUUCGGACACACUUUCGAUAUUACUGGUAGGAAAUUGAAAAAAAAAUGCGUGUAAUGUUUUGAAGCUUUUACAGCGGAAGAAGCCGAAAGCCAAUGGGAUUACUUGGUGCGCCUGCAUCGAUUUAUGAACAAAGAGGCACCCGACACGGUAGGUACAGUGCUGGAAUUCCCAAAAAAUCACUCAAAAAGCGUUCCAGGCCUUCCGAAUCGCCCUGCCGCCUUCGAAAGACCGCUGGACACUCGCCGACACGCUAAUCGCCGAUUCGCUGGAACUCUUCUUCAAAAACCGCCUAAACGAGCUUCUGCUGGUCUCGAAACCGUCCGAAUCUUCGGUUUAA